AUGAUACUCUUUGCGAAAAUGGAGUACUUCCCGCUGAGUGAGAGGCCGAAGGCUGUGCCUAACGUGUUGGGCAUAUACCUCUUGCAUGGAAUCCGCACUCAGAGUCAAGAUCCAGUCAAGGAUCCCCGCUAUGUUGGUCAAGCUGCGAGCAUGUCAAUUAAUGCCUCAGGUGCUGUUGGCAUCCGACUUCGAGGAGAACAGCACUGUACCUCAGUCAAGUCAUGCAAAUGCGGCCUUAAGACUGUGAAGCGAGCAUUGCAUGUCCACAAGCGACUUUCGAAGACUGAUAUUACCGGAAUAGAGAUAACAGUGCUGUCUCUGUUCCCGUAUCCUGUUCCGCAGCUUGGCGAAGAAGCACAGCGUCACUUCCUGUCAAUCCUCACGCUCGCUGAGACAGUUGGUAUGAUCCUUGUCGACACUAUGAGCCAACUGGAGGGCCAAGAAUACAGCCUACGGGUUGGUUCCAAAGAAGGGUUCGCAGCACUAAGGCCGGCCGGCGUGCCUCGAAGAUUUCAUGAAGGCCUGAACUGCGCACUCCCUCUCACACAGGGGAACAACAAAAUGAAAGGGCUUUCGUAUUGUGCUUCCUGGUCUCCUCCAGAGGUAGCAGUCUUCAUUCAGACUGUGAAGGAACACGAACAUGAUGUCUAUGUACAUGGGGCAAAAGGCACGACUUGCGUCCAGUUCAACUUCCUGGUGUCACAACUGCAGCUCGGCGGACUACACAAAACCACGGCUGAAGUUGUGACUCUGUACCGAGCACUGGCGGAGAAUCCAAACUCAGGGUUCAUCUCGAGGCAAUCCAGCAGAUGGCGAAGCGUAUGGGCUCAAGUCUACGGGGUGAAGCAUCAUUUGGAGAAGUCGCAACUUGUAAUGGACCCUUUGGAUUCGAACGAUCUGUUCUACCAUAUCCCACGGCUCGAAGACGGUCACAAAACAUCAUACGACUUUCGUGAACUGUUGAAAACAACUGGCAAGAUCGUGGAUCCAUCUCGCUCCGAUCCCUUACCGCCGUGGACGUAUGUGCGAUCAAGCCAAGACUCUCAAGUUGGUUCUCAGGCAGGAAUCAGGGCCAACUCUCUUGAUCCCUUGAACAGCUCAGACUCGUUGGGCAACGAGAAUCAGGAAACCCGGGGCUUGCAUAAGGUUUCUAUUCGUCAUUAUGAGUGGCCGUCGGAAGCAAGCCGAUACAAGACCGUUGCUGCCAGCCAAGACUUACUGGCUGUCACAGCUCUGAAUGAGGAGAAGCAGACUCCCUCCAUCAUCAAGGUCGGUGCCAACUACAUAUCACCUUGCGGAAUGGCCCAGUAUCGGACGUCAACACUCCGCAUUUUGGCAAGACUGAUGCGUGACCACCACGAGAGUCAGUACGAUGGUCUUGGUGGGUCCAACUCCGGGGACUCUUCGAUUUGGACAGGUCUCUUCAUCGAGUUGAGUGAAUCAUGGCGUGCUACAAGCUCAGCCGAUUUAAAGCACCGUUUCAGCUGGGUAUUGGAACUUCUCAGGACAGGGAGCUUGCCUGCCCAGGCUGAGCUCGCCUCUCAGAUCCUGCAGAAGAGGCUCUCUGGAAGUGUUUUCCUUCAGCAAACGCAUCCGUACAACUACAAGACCCGAUGCUCAACUCGCAAGUUCCUAAACCCAGAUCUGUCCCCCGAGUUGACGAGGGCAUUCUUCUUAGCAAAUAACGCCUUGGCAGAUGUGGAAAGGGACAUACAAGAGCAUGGACGGACAUACCAUUAA